CGUCACCCAUAACAAUACUGACUGACCUUAUUUAGCCUGGAUUCAAGCAAAAUGCCCUAGCAUAUUUAUUUCCAGGGCCUCGACUACUUUAUCUUCUAUUGUUAUUAUUCCUGGGUAAAGGUGCUCUAUGGUUUUCCCUGCAUUACUUAAUUUCCGCAGUGCUUGCAUUCACUGCGGCUUUGUGAUUGCGACGCGCUGAGCUGGUUUCAGCAUAUGUGGAAAUCCCCUCUUAACCACUCGCCCCCCCACGCCUGUUCAAAUAAGAAUAAUCCCUCUCAGACAAUGGGGAAUAAUCCGCCAUGGCUAGACAGCCUUUCAGAUGACUGGGUUUCGUUGCCUGGGACUCCGACCAGCCCUGCUUUCACGGCGUCGCCUAUCAACAACCACUCCCGCCGCUCCAGCUUACAGAACACACCUAGUCGCAUUCCGAUCCCCGCGCGUCACUCGGUCGACCCCUCUCCUUCCUCCGAGAAGAAAAAAGUUACGCGCCCUUGCCACUUCAUCAGGCGCGAACCGCCGACCCCCAAGACCCCCAGAACUCCCAAAACUCCGGCGAAACCGAGGUCUCCCGCGCCGGAUACGUUGAAGAAGAGCCCCAAGCCAAACCUGCCCUCGGGGCGGAAGCAACCGCCCACUAUGGAUGGGCGAUCGCCGUUACGGUCGGUUUCCAAUGUCUCUGGGCAAUCGGAGCAGCAGAGCACGGUACAAAUACGACCGAAAAAAGACAAAGGGAAGGAGGGAACUCCCGAAUGGCGGAAGCGUUUGGUGCAGGGUGAGAUACCUUCCGGCGAGCAACGCGAUCUAUUUGCGCCAAUUGGCCUGGAGAGUGUCUUUAAGCCUCCUACGCCGGGAUCGCCCGCAAGCCAGCCCAGGCCGAUUCCUCGGGUAAAACAGCCGGACAACGCGUGGGACUUCAACAACAACAAGGCUUCUGCAGGGAAAAGGCGAUCUUCACAGCGACAGCAGCCGUCCAAAGGGAAGCGUGGCGGCGACGGCAAUAAACCAGAGCGUGGGCAGGGGACGAAUCGGUCGCAGAAGGAGCUGGGGGUGAAGAAAAGGUCGGACAAGGUACUACCAGACACAAAUGAAAACCUCAAGGAUACCCUGGACACUACCCAAAUGCGGACCGCCAGUGGAUUAGAGGAUUUAAGAAAUGAAGAUAUUACUCCGAUUACCUUUUCGCGCAUGAAUACAGUGGAAGGAAAUGGGGCCUCGGAGAUUAUCAAAUCGGCAUUAAAGCAGGUGACAAACAAACUGGAAAGACUGCAUCUGGCCCCCACCGACCGGCCUUCUUCAAGAGCUAGUGAUAGUGUUCUAUUUGCGCAGACCAGUGAAGUAGUGGUCGAUCCGGUGACUGAGGAUGACCUGUUCGAUGUUACCAGUCACUCUCUGCCGCAGGAUCUCUCCAUGGGAACCGUGGACUACCGUGGGCGAGGUGCGUUUGCGAAUCUUCAUAGAGAUCCUUAUCUGGAUGAGCGCUCCUUCCAUAAUCGCCAUCUCUCUCCUCCAACCUUCCCUUCCCAACGACUGUCACCCUUCAUCCGCAACAUCUCCAGAAUUCGAAGCUCCCCCCCAUUCUACCAGAAAUCCACCUCCCGAACUGACCCUCCGACUCUCCCACGGCCUUCAUCGGCCCAUCUUGCGGACUCGGCUAUCAACCAAGCCGGGGAGGAGCACAGGUCUGAAGCCAUGGCUUCUUCCCUGAGUCCGCUGAAGCUUUUUGGGAACCAUGACACUUUUACAAAUAAUAAGCUACUUCGACGAAUGAGCCAGUUUGAGGAGACUCUUGAGGACGAGUCAGAGCACGAUGAACCGGUGUCGCCAUCCGAAGAAGCUCGGCGCAAGGGCGAGUCCCGCAGUUUUUUGAACCCGAGACAUGAUCGACCAAGAUCUCGACACACACCCAGCCCUCAUAUCAAUAGGUUUGGCGAGGGCCAGCUGGAUAAUUUUGAUUUUUCCGACGCCAGCCCGUACGACUCCAAGUUCCUGAAUGUAGAUUCUCCCGAGCCCAAUAUCUCGCCACCACCGGCUCACGGUUUAUCUACUGGCGGCAAACAUGUCUGGAACCGCUCAUAUAGACGAACUAGUCAUGAGUCCGAAGCAUCGGAUGCUGUCUUAUCAGAGCGAAACGCUGCAAGGAACCAUGGCUUAGCAAAGAGACAGGAGAGUGGAUUGAAGCCAAGUCAUGCUGCCAACAGCCCUGUCAAAGACCCUUUCCCGAAGAGGAGGAGGACAAUUAUGCCGUCUCAGGAUGACGUGCUGGAUGACCAAGCCCUUGGUGAUAGUGCCGCUACAGAUGAACUCUCUUUGCUGCAACGAAGCCUCAUGCAGCACGGUCUGAAGUACGAUGAGGACCACCUGCUAUCACAUUCAGCACCCCGCCCGAGAACUCCGACACCUCAUCAAACAAGGUCAUCCGAGAAAAACCAGCUUUCCCCGACCAGAAAGAAUACCCAGCCUGGAGGCAUUGGCCACGAAGAUCAGGGCUCUCCACUAUCGCAAAGCGUACCGAAUGUCGUGGGGAUUGUUCGAAAAGACGAAGCGCGCAAAGGGUCAAUUACAACCCAGGACUUCCUGAACGAAGCAACCAAGAUCAUGGAUAUUAUACGGUCCAAGGGUAAGGGUAAACCGAACGGCGGUUUAUCUAGUGUCGAAGAGUCCGGCACCGAGGAAGAUGGCGAUCAUGAUAGUUACGACGAUGAGUCUACGCUCGAAGAGUUUUCGCGCCCCCCCAGCCGUGAAGGCGUUGUUGACCUGCGCAAACUACGGGAGCCAAAGGAGCCCAAUCCACGAAUUAUAAGCCAUCUCAAGAAAUUCCAAGAACAGGAUGACGUAGAAUUCGGCGUCAAUGACUCGGUCAUGUCCCUGAACCUUGGUGACUCGAAUCAACCACAGACUCUUGAAGUGGGGGAUUCGAUGCGCGGCUCUUCAGGAAACGCUUUGACACGAGGACAAUCGCUAGAGCAGCGAAAGCGUAAGCUCACAGUGCCGGCAGCUGGCGAAGAUGACACACUGUUCGACCUUCUGCGGUUUAAUACAGGGCUGUCAGCCAAAAGCUUCAGUGCUCGCUCCAUUCCCACUGGUUCAUCACAUAGUUCGCAUGCGAAAGGCGUUUUGUCAUCUGAUAUAGUUUCUCACCUCAUCCCAGAGCAGGUCAAUGGGUUGACUUACGACCGCUUGAAGCACCAAUGGGUUAAAGAGGAAGAAAGACCGUCCCUGCAUCACCAACGCACCGAGGCGGGCGAAGAUGAUCCAUUCAAGGGCAUCCCAGACCUCAGCGUGGAUGAAUUGCAAGAGAUGAUGAGAACUCAGAAUUCCUCAUCUCCCGAGAAAAUGAGGGACUCUUCUCGACUCGAGGUGAAUGGUACCCAGAGUCCACUCAGCACCAAGUCCGCAAAUGCGAGAUCGGAUGCCAACUCACAUACAAUACCAGGGGUACCAUCUGUCAAUCUUAGCUCUGUCCAAUCCAAGGUCAGUCGAUCUACGUCUAGUUUUCCUCAUUCUGGUACCAGGGAGACUUCGUGGGGAACGGAUCUUGAAAAAAAUACGGUGUCUUCAACCGAUGUUGAGCACGAGAUCAAGCUCCACGAAGGCCGCAUAUCAAAACCCCCGCAAUCUAAUCCCAAUCAUCAGGCCCGAGUUGUGACAAUAAGCUUUUCAUCUCCCCUCGUUUCUCAAAUUGAGUAUAGCGAUGACGAAAGCCCGUCGAAACUUCGAAGAGCCGCGGCGAAUUCGCAAACAGAGGCUCAAGGUACAGACCAAGAUUUAUCGGCGCGUACGCAGCCUUUUCGACGACGUUCAAUUUCUAGAAUCGACGAGAGUGGAGAAGAUCUGGCGGACGCCCAAGCUGUUGUUCGUCGGAGCUCGGAUGGGGUUCAAGCUACACCCACUCAAGGCCGGUCAGAGGACUCUUUGGUUCACUUGCGCAGCAAUCACCUAGAUACAAGCUAUAGCUUUUAUCUGAGUCCCCUCCCAGAUUUUACAGUGAAUCAAAUAGACCAACCUAUUCAUCUUGAAGUCAGCUAUGUGGCCCAGCGCACUCACCCCACGUCAUUACGUCAGGUCCAUGGAACUUUCGCUCUGGCUACAGAGGACUUGGUUAAGCACAUAACGGAGGUCGAACCAUUUGAGCCGUACUGGGAGCAUCUUCGUCGUCUUGUUCUUCGUCGGAAGGGGCUUCUUACCCUCCACAGGCUGGGUGAGUUCUGUCCUCGCCUGGAGGAGCUCGACGUGUCGGACAAUGACAUCGGCCAGCUGAGUGGGGCCCCAUCCACUUUGCGGACCCUUAAUAUACAGAACAACUGCCUCUCUAGUUUAACUGCCUGGGGACAUCUAGUUAACCUGCAGUAUUUGGAUAUCUCAGGGAAUGGCCUGGAGAACCUCGACGGAGUCAGCGGCCUCAUCCACCUUCGAGAAUUGAAAGCGAAUGACAACAAUAUUCAAAAUAUUGAGGGCGUGUUUGACUUGAAUGGGCUACUAAGCUUGCAGCUGAGAAAGAAUGCCUUGAGCUCAGUUGACUUUGGAGGGGCAGAGCUGACUCGACUUGAGGAACUGGACCUGGGCCAUAAUCAGCUGAUAUCCGUCCGAAACAUUGAUAAUCUUCCAGCCCUUGCGAAGCUUGAUCUCAGUUUCAACUUGUUGGACAAACUCGAAUAUUCUUCACCACUGACUUUGUUACGAUCGUUGAGGCUGUCUGAAAAUCGCCUGCAUGAUCUCGAUGUUGGGGAGCUUCCUGCACUGAACCUUCUUUACGUCGAUCAGAACCUCUUGACCACUAUAUCUGGUCUAUCUCAAUGUCGAGGACUAGAGGUCUUGUCUGCAAGGGAGCAAGAAAUCGCGAAUGAUCGCAAUGGCGGAUUUUUCGAUCUGGACCUGGGCAUUGUGAGGGAUGUACGAAAGGUAUUUCUUUCUUCAAACAAACUAUCGUUGCAAUGUCUUUCGCCAUCUUCUCCUCUCCGAAGCCUACAACUUUUGGACCUCGCAUCUUGUCGACUGCAGGGGCUUCCUACCGAGUUUGCCUCCAAAUUCCCCAAUGUCAAAGUGCUUAAUCUCAACUUUAAUUCCCUACCCGGGGUGAACGAGUUGGUUGGCCUGAACUGUCUCUCCCGGUUGACAGUUGCAGGUAACUCGAUUACAAGGCUCCGAAAGCUUUGCCAAGUGUUGAGUCGCAUUGGUCGAACGAGGAAGGGAAAGGCCUGCUCACUUCAAAAGGUUGAUAUCCGGGGCAACCCUCUUACUGUUAGAUUUUAUCCACCCGCUGUGACUGGAAGCGGAAGGGCCCCUAUCCCGAAAUUGAAGGCGAAUGAGGAAAAGCCUCUUGGACAGGAGAGGAUCAACUCAGAUAUGCUUGCUCUAGCCGAUGCAGAGCGCCGCGGAGAAUUGCUUCGCGCCAGAGAAGACAACGAAAACAACAACCUCGAAAAGGACCCCGAAAUAGACGAUCCAUACACUCUUCCACCAGCAGAUGCAUUGGUGGACCAGAAAUACCUUGCCCACCUGGAUGAGGCCACGCGACUUAGGCGGAGAGUCUUUGAGCUCAUGCUCUAUGCAGGGACUGGAGGAUCUCUCAAAUUCCUGGACGGAUUGGAAUUCAGACCUGUGCUAGAACCGGGAUCUGACAUGGACCACGCCUGGUCUAAGCUCGAGCAACUGGGUGUUCUUAAGAAAAAGGCAAUUACUGGUUGAUUGCUUUACCAUUGGAUUCUUUUCGUCCAGACUUGGAACGACUUGUCGUUUUCAAGCUGUACGACGCUUUAACGUUUUUUAGUAAUUGUUUUCUUUUUUUUUUUUUCUCUCUUUUUCUUUUUUUUGUUUUUGCCUCUGUUUAUUGAUGUGUGAUGUUAAUUUUGAGUCUGGGUUAUUUGGUACAGUGUUGCGUCUAGCGGUUUACAUUCAUCAUCAUACUUGGAGUUUCGGUAUUGAUGGCGGUGUCUGUGGCAUUACCCGGAUUGAGUGCAUAUUUACUGGAUAUCUGUUUACAUUGUUACCUCCUCUUUCUUUGUAUUCCAUAGUUCUCUCUGUAUAGCAUAGAGGUAAACCUGAGUACUGUAAGCUUAGAGAUUCUACUUGGUUCCACUAGCCUCU